GCGGCGCUCACUUGGAGCGCGGCGAGCGAGCGAGAAGAGCCUGAUCCAUGUCCCUCGCUGCCUCCCAGCCAGGCGCGCGAAGAUGAUGGCCAUGAACACCAAGCAGCCUUUCGGCAUGCACCCGGUGCUUCAAGAACCCAAAUUCUCCAGCCUGCACUCCGGCUCCGAGGCCAUGCGCCGAGUCUGUCUCCCAGCCCCGCAGCUGCAGGGUAAUAUAUUUGGAAGCUUUGAUGAGAGCCUGCUGGCACGCGCCGAAGCUCUGGCGGCGGUGGAUAUCGUCUCCCACGGCAAGAACCAUCCUUUCAAGCCCGACGCCACCUACCAUACCAUGAGCAGCGUGCCCUGCACGUCCACUUCGUCCACCGUGCCCAUCUCCCACCCGGCCGCGCUCACCUCGCACCCGCACCACGCGGUGCACCAGGGCCUCGAGGGCGACCUGCUAGAGCACAUCUCGCCCACGCUGAGCGUGAGCGGCUUGGGCGCCCCGGAGCACUCGGUGAUGCCGGCACAGAUCCACCCGCACCACCUGGGCGCCAUGGGCCACCUGCACCAGGCCAUGGGCAUGAGUCACCCACACGCCGUGGCGCCUCACAGCGCCAUGCCCGCAUGCCUCAGCGACGUGGAGUCGGACCCACGAGAGCUCGAGGCGUUCGCCGAGCGCUUCAAGCAGCGGCGCAUCAAGCUGGGGGUGACCCAGGCGGACGUGGGCGCGGCUCUAGCCAACCUCAAGAUCCCGGGCGUAGGCUCGCUCAGCCAGAGCACCAUCUGCAGGUUCGAGUCUCUCACACUCUCCCACAACAACAUGAUCGCGCUCAAGCCAGUGCUCCAGGCCUGGCUCGAGGAAGCCGAGGCCGCCUAUCGAGAGAAAAACAGCAAGCCGGAGCUCUUCAACGGCAGUGAGCGGAAGCGCAAACGCACGUCCAUCGCGGCGCCAGAGAAGCGCUCACUCGAGGCCUACUUCGCUAUCCAGCCGCGGCCCUCAUCCGAGAAGAUCGCGGCCAUCGCGGAGAAACUGGACCUUAAAAAGAACGUGGUGAGGGUCUGGUUCUGCAACCAGAGACAGAAACAGAAACGAAUGAAGUACUCGGCUGUCCACUGACUGCUGCGGGCGCAGCGUCCAGGGCCGGGAAAGCUUGAGUGUACGUCCCGGGGGGACGGUUCUGGGGGACUCCAAGAUGUUUCCUGGCAGGUCAGGCUCUCUUCUCCCAAAGCCACAGACUUUCCCCUUUAUCCUGCCUGGUUGCCUCCCGGCCUUCCUUUUCUCUUUUUUCCAUUCUAUUCCCACCAGAAAACUUUUGGCGCUAAGAAAAAAAUUCACGAAGGGCAGGCCUGGAGGGGCUCGUGCUGUCCGUGGUGCUGAAAAUCGCCCUUGCGCGUUGGACUGCGCGACCUCAGGGCAGGAGCCCAAACGCAAGGGAUAGUGAAUUGGCCCCACCACACAACUCAGGGGUGAAGGCGCCACUUUGCUAAGCGCGAUUAGGCAAGGGGUGAAGGGAUGGGAAAGAAGUGAUAAAUAAUAAUGCAAAGUUUAACUGGGCACAACCAUGUACUGGAGAUUUAUUUAGAGUAUAUAAAACCAUGUAUGUUUCCAAAGGAUAGCCUUAUACUCCCUUCCCCAACUGAAUUUUAUCCAUCUCAUUCUUUGGUUUGUUGUAAAUUCUCUAAGGUAGCAUGGAUUAGGUUCAGGGAAAGCGUGCGGGGAGUUGCGCGGGCUCUAAGCGGUUCUCUGCAUUUGCCGGGCUCCAGAAAAGGGCCCACAGACUGGGAUCACUUAGCUGUUUGCAAGCAGCAGUGGACACGUGCUCGAACCCAUCCUCCACGAUCUGCUGGCGUUGGAGGGGUAAUUACCUCCUGCUGGAGAGGGGGGAAUUGGUAGUGUUCCUGACGGACUGCGGACUCUGUGACCCCAGCUCGCUUCUCCAGCUAGACGCCCAGCGCAGUGUCGAGGCGGCUGCUCGAAAGUAAUUGUAACUUCUCCGAAUCAUAUGCAAGUCCUUCCAACACGUCUCACCUCGUUGCGCUUUUAUUAUUGUUGUUAUUGUUAGCAUCGUUGUUUUCUAUUAUUUAUUUAACUUUACUUCUUUCCAUCCCCUUCUGUGGGCGUUUCUCGGUGGAGGUUCACUUAUAGUUGUGGUUGGAAAGAAGGGCCAGACCGCCGGCUUGGAUCCUUCUCACCCCCACUCCUUCUA